AUGAACCGCACGGUAACUAUACAUAAUUAUUAUUACACGAUAUGAUUAUCUGCGAUUUUAUUUUUAUUGACGAACGCGCGGGCCAGUUAAUGAAAAUAAUUAACUCCGAUUGACUUAUUAAAUUAUUAAUACAAUGUUUAUAAAUAUAUUUGUUUUUAAAUGUAAUAUUUAAAGUAACGCGUACUCUAAACAAUUACGGUUACACGUAACUUUCGCACUUCACGUGUUCACGAAUAAAUUUUGUACCCGUAUUGUAUUAUGCUUGUUUCAGUUUAUCGUAUUGACCGUGGUCAUCGCGUCGGUUGCCCAUUCCCUUGGUCGUCCACAUCAUAACAAAGAACACGAACACGGUGGUGGCCAACAUCAUUCCGGCGGCAGUCAACAACAAUCCAGUGAAAUUCAGUUUAGCACAAACCAUCAACAGAGCAGCUUGGGCAGCGGUAGUUUGGCAAGCGGUAGUGGUUUUAGUAACCACGGCCACGGCGGUAGUGGUUCUCAACAACUACAAAAUUACGGCAGUGGCAGCAGUCACGGUAGCGAUAGCGAGUUGCAAGUGGCCUCCGGGUUUUCGAACAAACACGUCGAGGUGAGCUCCGGGAGCCAAUCGGUCGGCGGCGCUUCGUCGUCGGGUUAUCAGCAGGGCGGAAACUACGGAACCGGAUCGAUCAGCGGCGGACACCACGGACAUAGUGGCCAUGACGGCGGCUCGCACCAACAGCAUCACAACGGAGGCGGCAGUCAGGGUAGCCACGGGACCGGAUCGAGUGGCGGCCACUACGGUCACGGCAGCGGUAGCGGCGGCAGCGUUUCGGGAUACGGGUCUCAGUCCAGCGGCCACAAGGAAAUCGUGGUUGACGAGUCGUCCGGUUUCUCGACAGCGCAAAACAACGAGGGCAGUUUCCAGAACAAUAAACACGGUUCUUCGGGAAGUUCGGGUGGUCACUACUGA